AUGUGGAAAUUGAGGCAACGUGGCUUGAGCAGAAAGCUUUUUGCGACCUUGCUGGCCCUCUUCUUGAUCAUUAUUCUUCUUCGGGAGGUGAACUUGUAUAUUAGCGCCACAUCUCGCAGGUCAUUUCUCGAACGUCGGGCUAGUCUCUGGGAUCGUCUCCAUCCCCUUCUUGAGGCAAAUCGGCCGAAUUGUCCUUCUCCCGUUUUGCAUGGCAGUGCAGGUACCCCGAGAUUCGACCCGGUCAACGAUACACCACGCCCAAACUAUAUCUCCAAUUCCGACGAGCUCCAGGGGCCCUUGCAAACGACGCAUGAUAGCGUUAUUCGAGCUAUCCGGGACUUGCCGCUUGACCGUGCCUAUAUCCCUAGGACGAAGGGCAUCGUUUCAGCUGCGGGCGGGACAUACCUGCCGACGUUUGUCGUGUCUUUGCGCAUGCUCCGGCGGACCGGGUCAAAGUUGCCGGUGGAGAUUUUUGUCAAGGACUCUGCGGAGUACGAGCCAUACAUAUGUGAGGAGGUUCUGCCGGCGCUGGGUGCGAACUGCCUCGUGCUCUCGGACGUUCUGGCGAGCCAAGGUAGCACAGGAUCCAGCCGCAAUAUCGAGCAUUUUCAGAUCAAAUCCUUCGCGAUUCUCUUUUCAUCCUUUGAGAAAGUUCUCUGGUUGGAUGCCGACUGUGUUCCCCUCCACGACCCCUCCACACUAUUGGGGUCUGAACCUUUUACAUCCGCGGGCCUCGUUAGCUGGCCUGAUUUCUGGGCUAAUACCGCGUCUCCGUUGUAUUUCAACAUCUCUCGUCAGCCGGAGUUGGCCAUGACCGCCCGACCAGCGACAGAGGCUGGAAUGCUCCUAGUCUCUAAAAGGGACCACUUCUUAACUCUCCUCCUCGCCGCCUACUACAACUACUAUGGGCCGUCUCAUUACUACCCUUUGCUCGACCAGGGUGCGCCGGGAGAAGGCGAUAAGGACACCUUCAUUCAGGCUGCAGCGGUCCUGGGUGAGAAGUAUUAUGUCGUCCAAGAACCUGUAUCGGACCUGGGGCAUCCUGCUUCUGAUGGCGGUGUGAUAGGUGCGGCAAUGCUCCACGCUGACCCGAUCCAAGACUACUAUUCAUCGCAGCCGACGAAGUGGUACCGGAAGAGUCGAGUAGCGGAUCAACCGCCGCGGGGAUUCUUCGUUCAUGCAUACAGUCCUGAGUUCAAUCCUGGAGAGGACCUCCUCGGUCCUAAGUCGCGGAAUCGUGAUGGCAGCCCUGGGAGAGUAUGGACUGCUCCCAAAAAAGCCAUCCAACGCUUCGGGUACGAUGUCGAGAAAGCGUAUUGGGAAGAGGCCAAAACCGUGGGCUGCACACUGGAGCACUCAUUUGGUACGUGGGAGUCCAAAUCCGGGGUAUGUAGUGGAGUCCAAGCCCACUGGAAAGCAGUGUUUGAGGAUAGAUCUGCGGAAAAUCCAAUGUUCACAACAGAAGAUUCACCCGUUUUCUGA